AUGGUUGGUCUAAGUAGCCAAAUGAGAAGCCUGGAUCUCGGGGAUCAAAAUGAUACCCAUGUCGACCAUAUCAACACGCAAGUCCUCGACAAACAUGCGCAAAACAUCAAGACCGAUGAGCUAUCGGGAGGUAAGACGAAAAAGACAACAAAAGACAAAGCUAAUAGGGCAACGGUGGAAAAUGUUCUUGAUCCUAGAACAAUGCGGUUCUUGCAAGCUUUGACCACACGGGGAGUGAUAUCCGAGUUCAACGGGUGUCUCAGCACUGGUAAAGAAGCAAAUGUGUACCAUGCGUAUUCCGGAGCGGGUCCAAACGGCGACAAAGAACGAUGCGAACUAGCGAUAAAGAUUUUCAAGACUUCGAUCCUGGUGUUCAAGGAUCGGGAACGCUACGUAGACGGUGAAUUCCGCUUUAGAAACUCGCGGUCCCAGCACAACCCACGCAAAAUGAUCAAAGUAUGGGCCGAAAAGGAAUUCCGCAAUCUCAAGCGAAUUUACCAAAGCAAUGUGGUACCUACGCCCAAACCGGUGGAGGUGAGGUCAAACGUGCUGGUGAUGGAAUUUCUGAAUAGAGGCGAUGGAUUUGCAUCGCCAAGACUUAAGGAUUAUCCUUUCAAGGAUGCUGCAGAUGUUGCUUACUAUUAUUUCACAAUGAUCGCAUACAUGCGACUGCUGUACCAAAAAUGUCAGUUAGUACAUGCCGAUUUAUCGGAAUACAACGCGCUCGUCCAUGAAAAGAAACUUUACAUCAUAGAUGUGUCACAGAGUGUGCAACCAGAACAUCCAAUGAGUUUGGAUUUCUUAAGAAUGGAUAUCAAAAACGUGAACGGCUUUUUCGAACGGUUUUCCAUCGACAUUUUCCCAGAAAGAAUCAUUUUUCAAUUCGUGAUAUCGGAAACGCUCGAGAAGUUUGCGGGUGACUAUGAUUCCUCUGAAGAUCUCGUGGAAUACAUGGCAAAUAAUCUGCCGAUCAAAAGCACACCAGAGGAUGAGGCCGAGGACGAGGUAUUCAGAUCUUUGCAUUUGGUGAGAAAUUUGGGUGGUUUGGAAGAAAGAGAUUUCGAUCGCUUUACUAUGGGUAAGUUCGAUCUUCUGAAGAGUCUUAUUGCCAACGACAACAAGAAAAACGCCAAGAAUUUCACAGCGUCCGAACAGUUUGAUCUCUCAUCUUCUAGUGAAGAUGAGGACGAAGAGGAGGAUGACGAUGACUUAGGGGACGCCGCAACCGAUGAAGACGGCACCGAAAGCGAGAACGACUCCGAACAAGAUGUCGAUGACGAGUCGGAUAGCGACUACGUUGAAAAAUCUAAAGAAACUAAGCAUAAAAAACAUGAAGAUAAAGACGCGAAGAAGCAACGAAAGGACGAGGCAAAGGACGCAAAGCGUGAGAAAAGGAAAACCAAGGUGAAAAAGCACGUAAAGAAAAGACUGGUCAACAAAACCAAGUCUAGAAAAUGA